AUGAAGAGAAGCACCUUCCUCAUUCUCUCCAUCGCAGGGGUCUACAGUGCCGUUUUCCACGCAGCAGCAUGGUCUGUGAAUAACUUUCUGAUGACAGGACCUAAGGCUUACCUGACAUAUUCCAGCAGCGUGGCGGCCGGGGCGCACAGCGGGAUGGAGGAGUGCAAGUUCCAGUUUGGGUGGGAGCGCUGGAACUGCCCCGAGAGCGCCCUGCAGCUCUCCACCCACAACCGGCUCCGCAGCGCUACCCGGGAAACAUCCUUUGUACACGCCAUCAGCUCGGCCGGCGUCAUGUACACCCUCACCAGGAACUGUAGCAUGGGAGACUUCGAGAGCUGCGGCUGCGACGACUCCAGGAACGGCCGCGUCGGUGGCCGAGGCUGGGUCUGGGGAGGAUGCAGCGAUAACGUGGAGUUUGGGGAGAGGAUUUCCAAGCUCUUUGUGGAUGCUUUGGAAACAGGACACGAUACCCGCGCGCUGAUUAACCUGCACAACAAUGAAGUCGGGAGACUUGCCGUGAAAGCCACGAUGAAGCGAGCCUGCAAGUGCCACGGGGUGUCAGGCAGCUGCAGCAUCCAGACCUGCUGGCUCCAGCUCGCCGAGUUUCGUGAGAUCGGGAACUACCUGAAGAUAAAAUACGACCAAGCCCACAAGCUGGAGAUGGACAAGAGGCGGAUGAGAGCCGGCAACAGCGCCGACAGCCGCGGGGCCACGGCGGAGACCUUCCACCACGUCCACGCCACGGAGCUCGUCUUCCUGGAGGACUCUCCCGACUACUGCACGAGGAACGCCAGCCUGGGCCACCACGGCACCGAGGGCCGCGAGUGCCUGCAGACUGGCAAGAACCUCUCGCAGUGGGAGAAGAGGAGCUGCCGGCGGCUGUGCACCGAGUGUGGUCUCCGCGUGGAGGAGAGGAGGACGGAGGUGGUGGCCAGCUGCAACUGCAAGUUCCACUGGUGCUGCACGGUGCGGUGCGAGCAGUGCCGGCCGCUGGCCCGCCGCGACACCACCGCUGCCGCCCCCAACCACAUCAAGCGGAGGAGCAAGGGCCAUAAGAGAUAGAGGGCAGCCGUGGUGCCUGAGGAGGACGCUUUGGUGUCCCCAGGCUCGGCAGCCACCGGCAGAGCUGGGUUGGGAAGGAGCGUCCCCGGGGA